ACGCUGGUGUGGUCGGGUGUAUGACUUCCGUGUGUGCGUCUUAUAUACACAAAUGGCUUCAUGUGCGAUAUAUUCCCAUGUAGGUGGAAUAUAACAUGUGUUUAGGAAGGAGAGUGAACAAAUAGUGAGUGUGAGAGACGCGGUGGGCGGCUGUGGUAGACAUGGGGGUCGUGUGGUGGAUUGUGAUAGCAGCGGCCGCUACAGCCUGUCUGCCUGCCAUAGGUGUGCUGAGCGAGGGUGGACCACAGCUGACCUCCACCCACCUCCACCACACCCACCUCGACCACCCCCUCACCCCCCACACCCACACCUGGAGCCGUCUACAUGACACCACGAGUGCCACAACUGAGUCCGGGUCGGACGAGAAGGGCCAGACACAAGUGCCAACGGUGGAGGUAGAAACUGUAGCGACAUGGUCAAGUUUGGUUCGAGACGAGACAAUUGUAAGUGGCCCCAAUAGCACUUGGAACCCAACUGAGGACCUCAACACCCUCACCACUAGCGUGGGUGAUGCCACUAGUACCCUUACAGUAGUGCCCGAUACCACUGACGAUAAGGAGGGUGCCACUGUCGUGCAGGAAAGUGCCAGAGAAGAUGCAGAAAAAGCGAUAUUACUAACUGAAAGUAAAUUUGGUGCUGUGACGGACAUUGGUGGUGCGGCGCCUACGUUGUCCGCCGGUGAUGUAAAUACUCUUGAUAAUGGUGAAGAUGAUGGCGAAGCCAUAACUACAGUGUCAGAUGUAGUGACAGACUUACACAGUGCCACAGACAGUUAUGUGACGCUGUCUGCAGUUUUGGAUAACGAUAUAACUGAGGUGACGACAGUUGUGAGUGCCAGUGAUAUGGUGUCUUCUUCAGUGCCAUCACAGGUUGUGGUGCUCAUGAGUCAUGAAGAUGUCGACGACACGAUGCCUACAGUGCCAGACAGUGCUUUAACUGUUAUAGAGAGUGUGAGAGGUGUGAGUGAUGUGAAGGUGACGAGCAGAGUGCGGGGUGGUGCCCAGGCUGGUGAGGGCAUCACCCCUAUGGUGCCCACACUGCCACAAGGGCCAGUGUGGGACAUAAUAAGUCCGGCGGAUGGCGGGACUUUGACGGUGACACAAGAGCACGGUGAGAGACGUGAUGUAGACAGUGUUAUGGUAACUACAGUGAUGGCUGAUGAUGUUACUCUCGUGAACACUGUCCUCGACCAUGGUGACGGUGAAAUUACAGUGCUCGAUGAUAUAGUUACCGGUGUAGAAGGCACUGAUAACAGUAGUAUGAAGGAGGUCACAGUAGGAUCAGCGAAGGAUGGUAUUGUCUCAGCGAAGGAUGGUAUUGUCUCAGCGAAGGAUGGUAUUGUCUCAGCGAAGGAUGGUAUUGUCUCAGCGAAGGAUGGUAUUGUCUCAGCGAAGGAUGGUAUUGUCUCAGCGAAGGAUGGUAUUGUCUCAGCGAAGGAUGGUACUGUGUCUAGCCAGGACGAGGAGGUGGAGGACGAGAGAGAGACAAGUCGUCCCUCCACCGGGGGUGUGAACCAGGACGAGGAGCCGCUCACUCCAGAGCACAGUGUUAUCUCUGGGGACCACUGGGUGACGCCUGACGUCACCUUGGUGUCACCCGUCACACUAGAGCGCACCACAUUAUAUCCUCCAGCGACACCUGUGGCCCAGGAGGCCAGCCAUCAUGGCCCGCACCAGGUGACUCUCACCCAGGACGGUGUCGCCACGUAUAGUGACCCCUUCACGGGUCACUACGCUGCCCUCCAAGACGUGUUGCAGGAUACUAAUACCCUGAAGGAGGGGACAGGUAGACCUCGUGAUGGCUUGGCAACUAGUGACCAUUUGGUGACGAGGGACGAGGCUGGCACCGGCGUGCGUCACGUCACUAGCCACGAACACGUCAUGGCGGAUGUCACGUCUGGCUCGGUGACGGGUGAUGACGACUAUGAGCUAAUCAUGGAGACGGUAAUUAGCACCGCGACUGUCUACUACGACAAGGAGCCGCCGCGUCAACUAGUGGGAACAAGCCACCGGUUCCCACGGACGGUGUCGGCCGACUUGCGCGCCACGCCUGCGCACCUCAACGACCUGGCGGCCACCGACCAGUACCGCGGGUUCCCGUCUCUCUACCCUGAAGAUGCCUUCUCCACCUUCAUGGACGGGGACUCCCGACUCCCGACGGACCUCAGGAAGGCUAACCGCAAGUCGAACCCAGAACCCGACAUCGACGACAUCAUCAAGGGCAUCGUGCAGCUGCUGGGCGGGAAUGUGAAGGUGACCGCAGCAGACGUGCCCAAUACCCGCCUGACCACCUUUGAUGGCGUCUCCAGCACCCGCAUCAACAACCGCGGGCCCCCGAGGCUCACACAGCUGCCUUUCGGCGUCCUCUCCUCCUCCGUCCACACCCAGAUACCCAUCAGGGCGCCUGUCACCCCGCCCGUCAACAUGGCCAACUUGCGCCCUCUGCCGGGCAAGCCCCAGUUUGUGGCCAAUACCCUGCCACCCUUCAUGGCCUCCCUGCCCCCUGCCCUGGCCAGCCGACCUAUCCCGCCCCCUGCCCUGGCCAGCCGACCUAUCCCGCCCCCUGCCCUGGCCAGCCGACCUAUCCCGCCCCUCCAGCGGCCCUAUGCCACCGGCAUCCCUCUCCCUGUCGACCUCCUCCCAGAUUCUCAGGAAAUAUACGAUACCUCGCCGGAAAUUACUGUCAACCCCGUCUUCCAAGACUACGGCGACGACACUAUGGACGGUGUACCGUCAGGAUACACCCACCUCCCGUCACACCCGCCACACUCCUCCGUGCCCCUCACCCACACCACUACACUCCAACACCACACACACACACUUACCACAUUUACCACACUAUCCUCCACCACAACCUUGUCGUCGUCAGAGGUGGUGUCGUCCCUAACGUUAGAUGCCUCUCAGGUGUCGGCCAGCGGGGCGGACGUCACCAGCGACGCUACAGGUGUAACAGAUGCAUCAACCUCUGCGUCAGCAGAUGUAUUGGCCAGUGCGCCAACAGAUGCAUCGAGCAGUGCGUCAACGGAGGUAUUAACAGGUGUAACUGUACCCAGUGAUCCUACAGGUGUAACAGAUACCUCAAGCAUUCAAUCGACAAGUGUGCCAGAUGCAUCGACCAGCUUAUCAACAAGUGUGCCAGACGCGUCGACCAGCUUAUCAACAAGUGUGCCAGAUGCAUCGACCAGCUUAUCAACAAGUGUGCCAGACGCGUCGACCAGCUUAUCAACAAGUGUGCCAGACGCGUCGACCAGUUGGAUGACGGCGGCCCCAACCCAGCAGACCUCGACGGAGACCGAGUUGCAGCCGUCCAUGCUGGAGUCGUCGUCGACCACCAUCAGGUCGUCGUGGGACCUCCAGGGGGACCCACACGUCCCUUCUACCACCGCAAGAUCCACUUCACCGUCGUCAGCCACCCCCACGUUGUGGGUUCCCACCCCCGCGCCGCCCCAGCCUCGUCCAGGGGUGGUCAUGGACGACCCACAGUACCGGCCAUCACCAGGAGUGGUCCUGGACGACCCACAGUACCGGCCCGGGCACAUCAUCACAGGCACGGUGGUGCCCUACGAUGCAGGCGGCCCUGGAGAUAUCUUCGAUGUCACUGUCUCGGCCCACCAGGGCUUCGGUCUCCCACAGUCUCCGUUCCUACACCCAGUCAACCCCAACCUGGCCCACCCCCUCCCGCCACCAGCACAUCAAGGAGCCCUGGUCACAACCCCGGCAGAAGGUGUCGAUGGAUUUGUGUCGAUCGACGGUCGCAAAACAUACUUCGACCUGUUCCCUGCAGCCACUGACACCCAGGUCCUCCCUCAGCAGCAGACGGCUGGACUGGGUGUUGGCGUAGUGAUUCCUGAGGAUGAUCUUCCUCUUGAGGGUGAUGCCUCAAAGCAAGACCUGGGGGGAUACUACCCUCCAGCUCAACCCCUCUCCCCACGCCCACAGCCACCCACACCCACACAGCCUCCACCUCGCCCACAGCCGCCCACACACCCACCCAGACCUCUCAGAAAGCCAUAUAAUCGUCGACCAACUCAGCCUUCCAUCAGGAUCGACACGUGCAUCGUGGGAGAUGACUCAACAUGCCAAGAGCAGCUGGGAGAAGUCUGCAGGACAGAAGAGGAGGUUUCCAGCUGUUACUGUAGGCCAGGCACAGCUAGACGUAGGCCCAGGACUCCCUGCAGGAGGAUGAUCUCGCUGCAUGUGUCACUCAAGGUGGACCGAGUGGGGGACCAGCGCAUUGUGUGGAGUGGCAACUAUGACAACCCAGAGUCUGAGGAAUACCGUCUGUUGGAGUGGGAGGCCAAACAUGCUAUCUCUAGCACUAUGUCGAAGACGCCACUUGGGUCAGCAUACCUGGGCAACACAGUGCACAAGUUCUAUUCUCUGGGCGGCAAGGUGAUUGUCAACUCGACCAUCAACCUGGAGGACCUCCCUUCCACCAGAAACCGUAACCUCCGUCAUGCCCUCCAGCGCCAGAUGCUUCAGGUCAUUCAGAGUCAUGCAAACAACAUAGGCGAGUCUGCCCUCUGGGUCGAUGGGCCUCUUAACCCAAUUCCGGAUGUCUCUGAUGUUAAUGAAUGUAACGAGGAGUCACUGCAUGACUGUCACCCCGACGCCACCUGCAUCAAUGAAUUCGGCACAUUCACCUGCCAUUGUCUACCCGGGUACACGGACAGGUUUUCUGACGACCCUGAGCAGGUGGGGCGGCGGUGUGAGUCGUGCUCCUCUGACUAUUGCAACAAGAAAGGUGAAUGUAGCAUCCACGGCGGCCAUAAGGUGUGCCAAUGCCGUGGGUCGUACUACGGGACACGGUGUGAGAUUGACGGCGAAGUGUUAGGUGUGGCUGUGGGGGCCUCUGUUGCUGCUGUAGUGAUCAUCAUCCUCACCCUCAUCUUCCUCUGCAUGUGGAGCCGACGAUGGAAAGCUGAAGAUAGGAAAACUGAGGUGCUGGCCCGUGGAGGAGGCAUGGGUACGUUUGCUGUCAAUGUCCAACAUAAGGGAGCCUCAGCAGGUCAUCAGUACGGCGCCACCCUUGAUGACCGCAUGCGAUGGGCACACCUUGCUGACACACUCUCCAAUCAGAACAUUUAUGCACAGCAGCAACAGCAGUAUGGUGGCGGAGGCGUGUAUACAGCAUCAAGCAGCGAUUAUCUCACCUCAUCUGGGGCCUCCAAUACCCCCUUCUCCAUCUACAAUCGUGUCACCCGGGCCCUCUCCAACUCCACCCUGGGAAGGCAGCAGGUGGGCUGGCUGGGACGUGUUCGGAGAGCUUUGGGUGGCUCUAGGGCAGCCAUGACCCGCAGGUCAGCCCACACACCACCCACGCAGCCCACUCUCACGCUACAGCAACUUAUGGCCCUUCAUGCUCAACUGUCUCCCCAACCAGAGCAGCUUAGAGGCGGAGUGGGCAGUACGUGUGCUGCACCCACCAUCACUCCCACACCCACCAACUUGUACCAGCACCAGAGACAGGUGGCAGGGUCAUCAUCAGGCUAUGCUUCUCUGGGAACACUAGGAUCAACAUCGUCUCCCCAGUAUGGCCACCAGUACCCUCCACCGCAGCAGUUUGGUCUGCAGCACCUCUCGGCAGUCUCUCACCUGGCCAGUAUGCAGCAACAACAGCAGCAGCCACAGCAGUACCUCAAGCAGUCCGCCUUCAAUUCACAGUCUACAUAUGGCCAGUUUGGACCAGCCUCUUUUAACACCAUGUCUCAGGGUGGAGUAUCACGGGCGCCCACGUUAGGAGCCCGCACACCCGUGCCGCUGCAUGAUGUGGCAGGGGCAGCGACCAUUGGACCCAUGGGUGGGGGAACCGUUGCUCCAUCAGGCAUGGGGCUGGAGAGCUCAGAAGAUGAUGCAGAGCGACCCUAUCACCUGCCACGGCCAAAGUCUCGUGUCUCCCUUGGGGAUACGAGUGAUAUAUAUUACGAGCCAGAUGACCUGACCUCGACUCUGGGCCUCCCCGACCGCCCCCCUCCCCCACUCCCCAAAUCCAGUCAUCCCCAGACAUACAAUUUUCCCUUCUUGCACUGAUCUGUCCCCAAAAACUACUAGAUUAUGAUAUUCAGCAUAUGUAGUACACUCAGGGUGCUACAGUCAAAUGAUAUGUACUAAUGUUUUGUAUUAGUUUUACAGAUAUACUUUUUAGUAUCCAUAAUUCAUAUAUUUGUUAUUUUUUUUACAUUAAUUAAAAACUAUGGGCACUUUCUACCUAAUGCUAUGGGUAAUGUCACAAUACCAGCAUAUUGCAUCGUCAUAUGAGUGAGUGCACCAUCCACCUCGCGGUCAAGCAGUCAAGUAACCAAGAUGAGAGCACCAAGAGCCAUGUUGAGUGAUGGACAAAAGCAUUAGAGUAACCAUUAAGAGUUGCCAGUUUUCACCGUGCACUUUGUUCAUCGCCGAAACUUGGCAACUGCAUACUGACUGUAGCACCUUCAUACACUAUUUAAAAUGCCUUGGAAUUUAUUGUAUUAUUUCUACAUUAACUGUAUUCUAUAAGGAGACAGUUAUCACCAACACAGACGUGACUAGUAAAGUUUAUAUAUUGGACAUUGUCAUUCAAUCUUCUAUGUCUGUCUAUAUAUUUUGACUAACAUCAUCAAAAACCUAUCAUUAUUUUACACAAAACAUUGUGUGGACAUUUUCAUUUGGCAGAUAAUGUUUUAGGUGCACAAAUGUAUAAAACUUGUAUCAAAUUCAUCUUUAUUUGAAUUGUGUGUGUGUCCACAUUUACACUGAUGCUGUACAUUAACAUUUACCACUUUUAUAGCACUACAGAAUAUUAUAAUUUGCAAAUUUGAAUGCCACUGCACGAUAAUAUUUACAACCUUGUAUGAUGCUGUAUGAAAACAUUUACACCUAUAUGUUACCCAGAAACUCCCUCCCCCCUCCCCCAUUCUCUCUCCCUCCCUCACUCUUCCCCCUUUCUCUCCCCCCCUCUCUCUUUCUCUCUCUCACACACACACACACAC